AUGGUCGCCGGCGACGCGACACCCUCUCCCAAGAAACACAAAAGAGGCAGCUCCGCUCGCGACAGUAUCGACGGCAAUGACACGGAACUCGCCUUCCCUCGCGACGUCGAUCUGGACCAAACCCCGACGAGGUACUCCAACGCCGCUCUAUACACAAGCUUCCGACCCAGAGCCUCUCGUUCCACCUCGAGAUCCCCCACGAAAUCGCGAUCGACCAGUGGCUUUUCAGAUCGGCAGUCGAACGCCUCUUCCUCUGCCCGGCGCAAGUUCAUAGAGCUCCCUCUGAAGGAAGAAGGCAUCGUCAAGCGCGAGCUUUCAGACGCACUAACCGAUCAAGAUGCGCCGGCCGCCAUACGAAGCAUGCUUCAAAAGAUCCGGUCGCUCGAGCGAUGCCGCGGCGUUCUCUGCCAAUCCCGCCGCGACGACCCUUCUUUUACGCCGCUAAUGCGCGAUGCCGACCUUGACGACGCCGUCUAUGCCGUCUCAAAAGACCAUCCAGCGAGUCGACUGACAGCAGCCAACGCGCAAGAGAUAGUUGCAGACGCCCGACGGUGCUUCCUCAUGGACCACGACGAGACGGUCUGGAACGCCGACGUCCACAACAUGCUACUCCGGAUGGUUUUGCGUCCUGCCACUGGCCGACAGGCAAGGCUAGGGGACUUCAGCCUUUGCACAACUGCAUCCGUCAUCAAGGACUACCUACCCGAGGGCGAAGCCGAAAAGAAGGUCGACUUUUGCAUGUAUAUCAACCCCUCGGCCGAUCCUGAUGUCGGUUUGCAGAGCAAGAUUGACGCCUUGCGACGGGCGUUGCCCGAAACAAGUCUCAAUCACACCUCGUACGUCGCGCUCUGUCCAUUUCCGAUCUCGGUGAGCCUAGAGACUAAGAGGCCUGGACACGAUUUGAACGGCGCCGUCUUGCAGAUCGGCAUAUGGCAGGCGACGCACUGGAAGAUGCUACGCCGGCUCCUCAGCUGGACCGCACCAGAACGACUGCGAAAACAGGGUAGGGUGUCAGCCUCGCCAGAGGAUGUAGGCGCACUUGUCAACGAUGAGUUGGCAAAGCUGGGUGCCCUGCAUGGAGUCCUCAUCCAGGGCCACGACUGGUCCUAUGUCGCCACGUCUCCAGAAUCCCUUGACAGCCUUAACGCCCACUCGCUUAAGACAGUUCUCUGGUUGCAAAAGUCUUUCGGCCAAACUAGCACAGAACUAGGUGUACACCAGGUCGCAGCAUUCCUAGAGCAACUGAAUACGUGGUCCACCCAGGUCUACUGGCCGUGGUUCAAACGGUGUUUCCUCGAAUGA